AAAGAUUCCCAUCGACCCUUACUUACUGACGGAACUCGUACACACACGGGAACCGGUGGAUUAACCUGAUUCUAAGUCGCAUCUUUGCUUCAAAUCUAGGAUCUCUUGAAUCGUCUGUGGUGAAGAACUGACGGAACGACCGCCGACCAUGACAUCUCUGGGGAGCAGCAGUUCCUCAACCACAGAAUACACUGUGCGAGUUCCCAAAAACACCAGUAAAAAGUACAACAUCAUGGCAUUUAAUGCUGGAGACAGAGUCAACUGUUCCAGCUGGACACAGGCUCGCAUGGAACGAGACAUGAGUGCUCGGCGGAUAUAUGGAGAGGAAGAGACGCCAGAAGGUGCAGCUGGUAGCGAAUUUGGCAAAAAGCAGCGUGAGGAAGCUCGACGGAAGAAGUUUGGCAUUGUGACCAAGGAGUUUAAAGUGGAGGACCAGCCUUGGCUUCUCAAAGUGAACGGCAAGGCUGGCAAGAGGUUCAAAGGCAUAAAGAAGGGUGGCGUCACAGAAAACGCAUCCUACUACAUCUUCACCCAGUGUCCCGACGGGGCGUUUGAGGCCUUCCCAGUUCACGGCUGGUACAACUUCACACCACAAGCCAAGCACCGAACUCUGACUGCAGAGGAAGCUGAAGAGGAGUGGGGCAGGAGAAACAAGGUGGUGAAUCACUUCAGCAUCAUGCUUCAGAGACGUCUGCGAGAACAGGAGCGCGGCGAGGACGAAGAAGAGGAGGGCGAUAAAGCUGGGAAGAAGAAAAAGAAGGGCGGUAAGAAAGGGGGCGACCUGCGCAUUACCGACCUGGAAGAGGACCUUGAAAUGAGCAGCGACGACAGUGACAGCAGUAUGGGAGAAGAUGGAGAGAGCAAGCCCAAGAAGAAAGAUACCGCUAAAGGAAAAGGUAAAAAAAAGAAGUCAAAAAGCAAAGACAGCGAGGCCCUGGAAGACAGUGACGAUGGUGACUACGAAGGUCUGGAGGUGGAUUAUAUGUCGGAUGAAAGCAGCUCGGAGGAAGAGCCAGAAAAGGGGAAGCCCGCCAAAGGAGAGGACCUCCCCAAAGGCAUUGAUGAGGCGUCUGAGAGCGAGGAAGAAAGCGAAGAGGAGAAGCAGAAUGAAGAAGAAACAAAAGAGGAGGAAGAAGAGGAGGAGGAAAAGAAAACCCCAGUUCCGGCCGAAAAGAAGAAAAAAAAAGACAGCAGCGGAGAAUCGGAGAGCUCGGACGACAGCGACAUCGAGGGAGAGACGGCAUCUGCUUUGUUCAUGGUGAAAAAACGCACGCCUCCUAAACGUGCAGGCGGUCGAGGUUCAGCAGGCAGCUCCAGGACGGGCAGUCGGCCCGGGACGCCUUCCAUCGACUCGGCCUCCACCUCCAAUACGCUCCGGGCUGCAGCCACCAAGCUGGAGCAAGGAAAGAGACAAAGUCAGCCUUCAGCCGACACCCCUGCUGCCAAAAGGCUGAAGAUGGAACCAAACAGUCAGAGUCCUGCUGCUUCUGGGAAGAGCACACCUCAACCCCCAUCUGGGAAGUCCACACCGAGCUCAAGCGACGUGCAGCUCACCGAAGACGCCGUCCGCCGGUACCUGAUCCGCAAGCCAAUGACCACCAAAGACUUGCUGAAGAAGUUCCAGACCAAGCGUACGGGCCUGAGCAGUGAGCAGACGGUCAACGUGCUGGCACAGAUCCUCAAGCGUCUCAAUCCAGAGCGCAAGAAUAUCAAUGAGAAGAUGCACUUUUACCUCACCGAGUAGUGGAAAGGAGGUGAAGAUCAACCUCCAGCCGUGAAGUGUUGCUGACUUUACAUCCAGCCACUUGAGGUUGGAUCAGUGAAUCAGUGCUGGUUUUUUUCUUUGUUGGAAACUUUUCUAAUAAAAAUGUAACAUUUUGA